GCUAUUUCUAGCUGCGUCGUAAAGGGGGCAUAUAGAGAUUUUUAAGCACAAUUCCUGCAUAAACUUGCAUGUUGAUCAUUUACCCUUCCGAGCCCGUCCAGGAUUCCCGUAAAUGUAACACUGAGAGGCAACCGCAAAUGUCGGAGCUUAUUCUUGUCCCGUAACUGUCUUAGGCUUAAUAUAUAAUCCUUCACUCAUUCGUUUGCCAUCGUCCGGUCUUCCUGAUGAGCAUGUCUUCGAAAUAGGAAUCAAAUAUGCUGUACUGCCUGCUUCCCAUAGUCCUCCUGGCCCUGGCCCAUCCAAUCUAUUGUGAGCUGUUUUCCUCCUCACGAUGGAUCCUCGACGCCAACAACCAGCGGGUUAAGCUGCGAUGCGUAAACUGGGCCGGGCAUAUGGAAGUCAACAUCCCCGAAGGCCUACACCAUCAAUCCAUUGACACCAUCACAAGCUGGAUCGCAAGCAAUGGAUUCAACUGUGUGCGCUUAACGUACUCCAUCGACAUGACUCUCGAUCCCACUGUUAAAGUCUCGGAUUCCUUCUCCGCAGCGGCUGACCCCGCUGGUGUAUCCUCAUCUGACAUGGAGUCCCUUUACACGCAAGCCCUUACACAUAACCCCCACUUAGAGAACGCCACCAGACUAGACGUCUUCGCUACCGUUAUCGACUCACUCCACAGCAAAGGCCUCUACACCAUCCUCGACAACCACGUCUCCCGAGCAAGCUGGUGUUGCGACCUCAAAGACGGAAACGGAUGGUGGGAUGCCGCCCAGGGAUACAACGACCUGAAUAGCCGAUACUUCAACACCGGGAAGUGGCUUCAAGGUCUACAGACCAUGGCAAGAUUCGCUAAAUCCCACCCGGGAGUUAUCGGAAUGUCGCUCCGGAACGAACUCCGCGCUCUUCCUCUUAUUCAAGAUCUUAACAACCACAACGACUGGUAUAAGCUGAUCGCGCAAGCCGCCAAUCAAGUCCAUACCGAAAAUCCCAGUCUCUUGGUUAUUAUUGGAGGCAUAAACGGUGGCACCGAUUUAUCUUUCGUCCGGACACGACCAUUUGAUACUUCUGCAUGGGCGAACAAACAUGUCUGGGAAUUCCACGCUUACUCAUUCACGGUCACCAACCCGAAUCCAACCGGAUCAUGCUCGGUAGCGUCCGCUGAGUAUGGUCUGUUCGAAGGAUUCCUUUUGACGCAGGGGAAGGAAUAUACGGGGCCACUUUUUCUGUCGGAGUUUGGGGUCGGGAUGACGGGAGGGCCGGAGGGGAACCACGGUAUCCCGGAUAAAGAUUACAAGUACCUGAAGUGCCUAGUAAAAUACAUGGAGAGCAAUGAUGCAGAUUGGGCGGUGUGGGCGCUGCAGGGGAGUUAUUAUGUGCGGGAUAAGACGGUAGAUAUGGAUGAGAGCUAUGGGUUGUUGACUCGGGAUUGGAGUGGAUGGCGAAAUCCCAACUUUAAAGGGCUUUUGGGCAAGAUGAUGGAUGUGACGCAGGGGCCAUAGUAUAAAAUUACGAGUGAGAGGGGCUAUAUGGUGACAGCAUAGUGAUAUUAUCCGACGAAAAAGUCCGUCGAGCUGGCCAUAGGCGAAGUCCUGGUGGUAUUGCUGGCGGCAUAUAGCUGCUUCCUUCUCUUAGUGCAGCCUAUUCGUGAUUCAUGUUAAUCGACUCUUAGAUAAGGAUAUCUCUUUCCUGCGGAAAUAAUUAGAUGUAGUAACAUAAGUUUGUGAUAUGGCCCGCCUUGUUAUCUAGGGCAAG